AUGACUUCAGAUUUCCUCGGUGGCCAUCAUUGCGCUCAGAUGAAUGUGAAGCCUGGCGAAGAUCGCCUGGCCCUCGAGAAGGAGUAUUAUUGGCCUAACGGAUCGGAAAUUGUUGUCAACAUGUGGGGACAGAGCGACUUCGUCCGCAGUAAGGUCAUGCAGUUUGCAAAUGAAUGGAGUCGUUAUGCGAACAUCACCUUCAGAUGGAUGGAGCGUGACGCCCCAGGGGAUUCCGACAUCCGGGUCUCCUUUGACCGAGACGGCUACUGGUCGUACAUUGGCACCAAUUGCCAUAAUAUCAGUCAGGACCAGCCAACCAUGAAUUACGGUGGAAUGACUGACGACAUGAGCGAUCUGGAGUUUAGUACAGCUGUCUGUCAUGAAUUCGGCCACGCGCUUGGCUUCAUCCAUGAGCAGGCAUCUCCAGUUGCUAACAUCAAAUGGAACAAACCGGUAGUUUAUGAGUAUUAUAAGAGGGUCUAUAACUGGGACCAGGGUGCAGUUGAUUUCAACCUCUUUGCAUCCGCGAAGCAGGAGGACGUCAUUAACUCGAGAUACGACCGAACAUCUAUCAUGCAAUACUCCUACGAUGCUAGUAUGACACUCGAUGGCUCCUCUGCACCAUGGAACCGAGUCAUCUCCGAUCUUGACAAGGUCUUUGCCAUGAGAUUAUACCCCAAGGAGGGUAUCCAGCGUACUACUACAGACGGUGUAUACUUCAUCAAUCGUGAGCGAAACGGGUUCGAGGCUUCCGGAAUCGCGUACUACUCGCAAUUCGGUAACAAUGACGGUCAGCAGCCUGAUACCUACGUCGAAGUUUCCAAUGGCUCUUUCGCUUGGUGGGAAAAUGGCGGAGAAGCUACCUUUGGUGGAAGCGGACAUGUCAUAAAGUGGAACUUGGCUGAAGAUGCUGGACGAUCACCGCUCUAUACAAGAGUCGGAUUUGCGGACAAGGAGGGCGAGAAGUGGAAUGUUUAUCGUGAUGACGAUCGUGUGUUAUUUGAGCAUGAAGGGUGGCAAUUUCGCGCUAUGUUCUGGGCCUUUUAG